AUGGCUGCCUCUAUCUCCAUUAUCGCUGCCAAGUUCCUUACCAAAAGGGCACGUAACCCUGAGGCCGUUGCAGCCACCUUUACGCCUAUAUGGAGGUCCAAACGUGGCUUCAAAAUCAAGAACUUGGGAAACCAUAUCAUGCUUUUUUCUUUUGACAGUGAAACAAAGGUUGAUACUAUCCUUGCUAACGCCCUAUGGAGCUUUGAUAAACACUUGAUGAUUUCGCAAAAAUAUGAUGGGGUUAGUAAAAUUGAGGACUUGAACUUCAAUAGCACCCCAUUCUGGAUUCAGUUACAUGGUCUUCCGAUGAAAUUUAUGACUACAACGGUGGCAGAAACACUGUGCGAACCUGCUGGGCAGAUUUUGAAACUCCCAAAUGCAAAGACUGAAGAGUGUGGAGGUUUUAUGCGAGUUUGGGUUAUGGUGGAUAUUUCACAGCCACUCUGCCGUGGGAGGAUGGUUACACUUGAUGACAAUAGAGAACUCUGUGUCUCUUUCAAAUAUGAGAGACUACCCAACCUUUGCUACUGGUGCGGUCGCCUUACACACAAUGACCGUGACUGUGAUCGUUGGAUUGAAAGCGAAGGAUCACUUACAGAUGCAGACAAGGAAUAUGGGGCAUGGUUGAAAGCUUCACUGUAG